GAUAAUCACGGAGCUCGUGGCGGGAGUUUCCUUGGCUUCUCGGAGGCAAAGCCAAGGCGAGUAAUUUGCCUUUCUAAGCCUGCUGAGAUAUCUGCAUUCAGGAAUAACGUGUUUAAUUAAAGCACACUGAUUGAGGAGUGCUAUGGGUCUUUGAGGAGCCUAACUGGAGCUAAACUAGAUAUCCACCUCCGGAGUGCAGGGGCUCCAUGAUGUCACAUGACAGCAGGUUCUUCUCUCUAGGUACAAAGAGGGCAUUGACGCCAUUGAUGUCCACCUUCCCCACAAUACGGGAAUAUCUGGCAUACCUCCAGUGAUAAAGGAGCUCUGGAGAGUUGCAUGGGUUCAGGACCAGGUGAGGGGGAAAUUGGUUGCAAGGAAGCAACGAAGGUUGAUGGAUGAGCUCCUGGGCUGGAGGUCACGGGGGCCAUCCUCCUCGCUGUUGGGGUGUGGGGGAAGCUGAUGUUGGGGCCCUACAUCUCCCUGAUCGCCGACAACACCACCAACGCCCCCUAUGUGCUCAUCGGCACAGGCAUCACCAUCAUCCUCUUCGGCCUCUUCGGCUGCGUGGCCACAUGCCGCGGCAGCCCCUGGAUGCUGAAGCUGUACGCCAUGUUCCUGUCCCUCGUCUUCCUGGCUGAGCUGGUCGCUGGAAUCUCAGGCUUUGUAUUCCGGCAUGAGAUAAAGGGCACGUUCCUGAGGACGUACAGUGAAGCUGUGAAGGAGUACAAUGCAGAGGAUGAGAGAAGCCUGGCUGUGGACAAUGUCCAGCGCAGCCUGCAUUGCUGUGGGGUGUUAAACUACACCAGCUGGUUCACCAGCAUCUACUACCCUGCCAGAGGCUUACCCCGCAGCUGCUGCAGCGAUCUGUCCGACUGCAGCCCCGAGGACCUGCGCAACUCCACCGUCGCCCCGGGCAAGGUGCACCAGCAGGGCUGCUAUGAGCUGGUGACCUCCUUCAUUGAGACCAACAUGGGCAUCAUUGCCGGCGUGGCGUUCGGCAUCGCCUGCUCACAGUGGCAUGCUCCAUUACCCCCUGCCCCCAUCCCACACCCCCACCUUGGAUGGGACACCCAGCCUCAACCUGCUACAGCCGCUUUUCUGGAUCUUUGAGCCAUUAAUUGAACUGCAAAUGUUAUCAGGAAUAAAAGGCAGGUGAGAUCAAUGGCGCCCAUUAGGAGAGCCCACCCCCCUCGUG